CAUAAGUACAGUACUGUGUGUUACAAAUUGAAGUUUAUUUAAACCAUACAUCAGAUAUUUAUUUAAUUACGUUAAUAAAAUUUUUAUUCAUCUAAAAAAUUAGUACUUUUUUUAAGUUCUUUGAAAUAUAAUCGAAUUGUUCGAAUCAGUUUUUUUUUAUCAUUCAUUUGCUUUGACAGGACAAAAAAAAGAUGCGAAUUCUGAAAGUAUUACCGAUUUUAGCUUUCAUUGGAUUGGCAUUUGGUGAAAUUAGCAUCAAUGAUUUCCAAGAAUAUCGUUGGGAUUUAUUUGUAAAAGGAAAAGAUUCUAAUAACUUUGUACGCAUAUUUUGUCGACUUUCAAUGAUUACACGGCAAAUUCUUCUUACUUCUGCAUCUUGUAUUCAUGGAGCACUUUUAUCAAACCCCAAUCAACAUUUGUCAACCUACACAAGCUCCUUUCGCAGUAUUGAAAUAAAUGAAAAUGAUAUUUAUUACCAUGAAGACUUUAGUAAAACUUAUGAUAAAUCUAAACGUGAUAUCGCGACAGUGAUUAUUAGACAGCCGAUUAUUACCAACGAAAUUGUUGUCUUCACUUUACCAAAUAAUACGACUGAUGUGUAUUAUUCAUCGUGUUACAAUCCAAUGAGUGGGCAUGAGUUUUAUUGUACACCGCCAAACACUGAAAAUUAUUUUGCUGAUAAAAAUGAUAAAUCAUUCUCCUGCUCCGAUGGUUUAUUUGCCUAUCAUGGAGAUCCCAUAAUCUGCUCAUUGAAAAAAAAUCCGCAUACUUAUGUCCUGGUUGGUCUCAAAGAAUCCGAGUACGUAGGCGAGAAUCAUGAAACGAGAAUGGUUAUCACAAAUAUAGGCGAUUUAACCAAUAACAUCAAUGAAAAAUUCAGAUCAUAAUCUUUCUAUUGAUUUUCAUCGUCAUUUUUUACCUUUAAAUAAAUGUAAAAUAUUUUUUAUUUUUUAUUAAAUAAAAUUAUAUUUCGCUUCCCAAUCCUACUCAGAAAAAAAGGAUUUCUUGUCGCAAAAAAUUUGCUGAAGGCUUAAGAUCAAUUUCGAGCCUUGAGCAGAUCUUGAGCAAACCAUGCGCAACUAUUUUCAGCCAUACUCUUCCUCCAGAACUGAGCUACAAUCUGGCUCAAAUUUCUGGUGUAAAGCACUACCCUAGUAACACCUGUUUGAGCAAGAUUCUGAAGUAAGUAUCUUGAGCCAGACCCCUAGACACUAUAGUCUUUUUCGAAGUACGUGUCUUUCGCAACAUUGUGUAUCACGAAACCUAUGUCAAGAUUUGUGUAUGUCUUGCUCAUGGUAUUGUACGCA